ACGUAACCCGGCAUAAAUAUGGCAACUGAGAAUGCACCUAUGCGAGGAAGCCAACUGAAAUAAAAUACACGACGGUUCUUACUUAUACAUUGCGCACCCAUUGCUUUCCAGGCGGUUGCCUAACAUUUUUUCCUGUGGGAAUUAAGGGAUGGAAUUGGAGAAAGAGCAAGAAUUGGAAUGGAUUGAAGCACAAAAGAUAGAGGUAAGUCUGGACCUUGUGGCUGCAGCCAAGAAGCAGCUUGAGUUUCUUGCAGCUGUAGAUAGGAAUCGUUGGCUCUAUGAUGGUCCUACUCUCCAAAGAGCCAUUUACAGAAGUUUUAGAAUUGACCAAGAAAAUGGUGUAGGGGGCUCUGAUGAUGCUUGUUGUCAGGUGUCUAGAGCCCAUAUGCACAAUGACAUCUUUAUUGAAGGAGCUGUUGCCAGAUAUAAGGGUUUCUUGCAUCUAAUCAAGAGAAAUCGAGAGAGGUCCAUAAAGCGCUUCUGUGUUCCAACUUAUGACAUUGACCUUAUCUGGCAUACCCACCAGUUGCAUCCUGUCUCUUACUGCAAAGAUUUGAAUAAAGCAGUUGACAAGAUAUUGGAGCAUGAUGAUACAGACUCAGACAGAACUAAAGGGAAGAAGCUUGAUGUUGGAUUUUCUGGGACUACUAAACAGUGGGAAGAGACAUUUGGCAUAAGGUACUGGAAGGCAGGGGCCAUGUAUAGAGGGAGUUCUCCUUCUCCUCUCACAGCCAUUCCUUGCAUUCCUGACACUUUGAGUAAGGAAGUAGAUGCCACAAAUGCGUGUCAGAAAAUUAUUAAGCUUCCAGAGAUGAAGGUUGUGGAGGUCCUUUUGGAGUUUGUAGGUGUUAAGAACUUACCAGAUGAGAAAAAGGGAAACCUCUUUGUGUUGUUUAGUAAAAGUCAACCUGAUGUGUUCUUUAAUGCUAAGCAGAAACUGAGUAUCUUAUCUAAGUCGGGGCAGAAACAGGUUGCUUCAUUUCAGUGUGAACCUAAUGGUGAACUGCUCUUCGAACUUGCAUCACAUUCAGCUUCCAACUUACCAGGAACAAAGACAUGUAAAACUUUAGGUACUGCUUCACUCUCUUUACGAGAGUUUCUGGUUCCAGUUUCUAAACUUGCUGUGGAGAAAUGGUUAGACUUGAUGCCCAGUUCUGGAAAUGGAUCCUCAAAACCAAUUGGCCUACGAGUUGCUGUUUCAUUUACAGUACCUACCAUAGCACCACACAUCCUUCACAUGGUUCGAUCCCGCCCUUUUUCAAAAGGUUCUUGUUUCCAGCUCCCGUUGGCAGGAAGGGUCCAAGCUGGUAAGGGUUGCACACGUGUCAUUGAUGAAACUCAAGCUGACGUGAUAAGACUCCAAAUGAGUGAAUCUGGAAAGGCAAAGAUGAAAGGAAACUGGCUUUCAGGGAAGCAAGUAAUUGGCACCACAAAGCAUGGUGAAACACAUGCUCUGGCAGAGUUUGUUGGGACUCGUUGGUCUUUAAUGGAUUCUCAAUGGGUCCUUCAGCAUUCAGCAGAAGUCAGUGAAAAUGGUCAUCUCUUUGAUCUCAAAGGCAAUAGGAUGGUAAAAGUUUUUCUUGGCAGAAAACUGGAUUAUGAACCCAAACAUUGUGAGAAGCAGAGAAAUGAAGGUGACUUUAUGACUGCUGUUGAGUUUUCUGCAGAACAUCCAUAUGGAAAGGCCGUUGCAUUGCUUGACUUGAAAUCUGGAUGUCUGAAGGCAAAGGAGAAAUGGUUCGUUUUGCCUGGAUUGAUAUCAGCUUUUAUACUUUCUCACAUUUUGAAGAAGAAAGGACACAUUGGCUUGACCAUUGAUGUCAAAAAUACAAAAGAGGUAGAUAGUGCAACAGAAGUUGAGAAUGACCAUGUCAACCUGACCACCUCCAUAGAAACUGAAGUCAAUUUAGAUGUUGAUGUGACCUUAGAAAAUACAAUGAUACCCAAAAAAGAUACAUGCAAUGGGGACUAUGGAGGUGAGAAAGGAAAUGAAGUGAAGAAUGGUGGCUGUGGUGGCUGUGGUGCUGGAUGUGGUAACAUGGUGAAGAGUGGUGGCUGUGGUGGUUGCGGUGCUGGAUGCGGUGGUGGGUGUGGAAGCAUGGUGAACAGCAGUGGCUGUGGUGGUUGCGGUGCUGGAUGCGGUGGUGGGUGUGGAAGCAUGGUGAACAGCAGUGGCUGUGGAGGGGGUUGUGGGACCAGGGUGAAUAGCAGUGGUUGUGGUGGCUGUGGCGGAUCUGGUGCUGGUUGUGGAAGCAGGGUCAGGAGCACUGAGUGUGGUGGGUGUGGCCUUAGUUGUGGCGAUGAUAUAGAUGGUAGUGAACCUGGAAAUUUGGCAAUAAGCAAUGGAUGUGAAAAGCCCAUAUACAUGGAAGAGGCUGUGAAAGCUUGAUGUCUAUGGGAGUAAAUAUUGGCAGGUACUCCACGCAUCUGGAUAUGGUUCUAGCAAGUUUUACAUAAUCCACAUGCAGAGUGCCUGUCCAGUAAAUAAUUGCGUUUAGUGCUUCUUAUUCCCAUCGCUCCAUCUGGCAGAAUAAUUAUAGCUAUUAUAUGAAGUUUGUGUCCUUACAUUGUGCCUGAAGUUAAGAUUCGGUUCUGUUUCUUCAAAUUCUCGCUUGGAUGUAUAGUUUCCUGCAAGAAUAAACUUCUCUGGGAAGUGGGAAUGUAUUACAAUACUCUAUAAUACUACUAUUUUAAUUAUAUUUAAUGGUGAAUUACAGUGAAUUACUUCAUACUCU